AGUUUAUGUAAACAACAGUUAUUGCUCCUUUAUUGGAAACAUAGCCUCAGCAUGAGCAGCACCGAGCAGUUAGGCGGCGGGGGCAGUGCCACCGAGUCGCCAGCCCAUAAGAACACAUCAGAGUUUGCCAAGAAAACGCUCCAGGACUACGAGGUGCUGGCCGUGAUGGGCAACGGCGCCUUUGGCACCUGCUACAAGGUAAAGGAUAAAACCACCGGUGUACUAUACGCCUGGAAGGGCAUGAACUACGACGAGCUGGGCGAUGAGAAAUGCGAAUCCCUAAUAUCGGAGAUAAGUGUGCUGCGUCAACUGCAGCAUCCCAACAUAGUGCAGUACUAUCAUCAUCUGGUUAAUCGGGAGGCCAAAUCAAUAUAUAUCGUGAUGGAGUGCUGUGAUGGCGGUGAUCUUGCCCAGCUAAUACAGCGCGCACGGACGCAACGGCAACGCUUCGAGGAGCCGUACAUUUGGCGUGUGCUCUUCCAGCUGUGCCGUGCGCUCCAGGUGUGCCAUAAUAAGAUACCCAGCGGCACCAUACUCCAUCGCGACAUAAAGCCGGCGAACAUAUUUCUGGAUGCCAGCGGCAAUGUUAAGCUGGGUGAUUUUGGUCUGGCGCGCGUUUUACGCCGGGAUCAGAGCUUUGCCGCCAGCUUUGUGGGCACACCGCACUACAUGAGCCCGGAGCUGGUCAAGGGCAGGCAAUACGAUCGCAAGAGUGAUGUCUGGGCGGUCGGUUGUCUCAUCUAUGAGCUCUGCGCAUUGCGUCCGCCAUUUCGGGGACGCGCAUUUGAGCAGCUGUCUGCGAAUAUUGCCCACGGUCAGUUUAGCUGCAUUCCGGCAAUCUACAGCAGCGAUCUGCAGUCCAUCAUUGGCUUCAUGUUGGCCGUGGAUCAUGAGCAGCGUCCGGGCAUUGAGGUAAUCACACGUCAUCCGCUGCUGGUGCGCAAUAUUAACCAGUUGGUUGCCGAGUUUCCACGUCUUGUCGACGCUGGUGAGGAUUUUCAGCUGCCCGGCGUGGGCAAGUUGUUUCCCGAAUCGCCGGAGUUAUCCAGCACAUUGUUCACGGAACAGUAUAGCUUCAAUGAGGGCUAUGGCCAGCGGCGCCUGAGCGUCACUGGCGUCUUUACGCCCGAUCUGCGUAGCGAGCUCUUCUACUCGGCCAAGCGGCGCAUCUUUGGCAGCAAACAGCUGCAGAAAUCGGAUCCAUCGCUCUACGAGAGCAUACGCCGGGAGCCGCCGGCUACGUUGCAGCUGAGUCCGCAACGCGUCACACAGAACAUCUUCGAUGAUGCACUGCAGCAGCGUUUGCAUGCGAUACGAGCACACGAAUCACUGCUGGAUCAGCGAGCCAGCGAGCUGCAAGCGGCCGAGGAGCGGCUCAAAACAAUGGAACGCGAGCUGCGGCUCAAGCUGGAGCAGGCUGAGCAGCUGGCCCAAGCACAGGCACAGGCACUGGCCCAGGCACAGAACAAGUGUCAGUGCCAGUGUCGGCAGCAGGUGCCACCAGUGCCGCCGCGCAAGCCGCUGUCCACGCGCCACGAUGACACCUACUGCAGCAUCGAGCUGAAUGAGACAUCGCCGACGGUGGCCAAAAUGAAUCUGGCCAUGCUGACGGCGCCCAAGCAGCUGCAGAGCAACAACAGCAAUACGCUGCGCCGGGUCACAUUUCAGUCGCCACCCAAAUGCACCAAAUAUUCGCUGGAGCCGGCAACGGGUGCGGCACCAGCUGCGCCGCUGCCUAUGCAAACGAGUGUGUCCAGCAAUGAAUCCGCCGAGAGUCAGGCUUCCAGCACACGUCGCAAGUCCAUAUUGUCUCUGUUUGGACUCAGUCGCGCGGGUAAAGCGCCUGUGAAGCCAUCAGCAGCCGCUAAGCCAGCAGCGCCUGCGCCGGCAGCAUCGGAUCAGCAGCAUCAGCCGCGCCGACCGCCAUUGGCUGCCAAGCUGCCAGUCACACAGCAGCCGCAGCCGCCGCAACAGUUGACCAAUAUGUGGACCAAGGAGCAAAAACGCGCUGCCUUCGAUUUGCUGGCGGCGAUGAAUGCCGCCGAAAAGGAUGCCGCCGGCGUUGGAGCCGCACGUCGUCAGCAGCUGCGGCAAUCUGUGCGGGAGCGCAAUAGCAGCAUGCAGCGCAAUCGGAUGCGACGUUCGCUCGUCCUGUCCACUGGCGUACAGCAGAAGCCGCUGUUGAUGGCCUCCCGCGAACAGAUGUUAAUUUGAUAUUCCCAUUAAGAGAUUGCGAAGAGUUUUUGAGGGGGCGCUCAAAGUGGCCCGCCUUGUGAUGUGAAUAAGUUCCGAAAACUAUUUUUUAAAUCCUUUUUUUUUAAAUCG